UGAAGACGCAAGUGUCAGAAGAAAGCAAUUUGUUGUUAUUCGCCGGGCACUCUUGGUGACGAGUGAACUUGCUCCCACCAAGAAAACACAACAACAGCACGCCAGUCUCAAUCCCACGACCACAGGACAAGUGGACGUCUCACAUUCCGCAGCUCAUCCGCACCCACAUACCAACACCGCCUGACCGAGUCAACCGGUGCAGCGGCCAUCGCCAACAUCGCCGACCCGCACCCCAAGGCUGGCUGCCCUUCUGGCCUCUCCUUGAGUCUGCAUGUCAGGAGCGACGAGCAGCCAUGAGUGGACACUUCUCCCCGCGAUUGCUCGAACGUCUUUCUGUUGAUUCCACCGGGUCUACAUCCUCCUCCGGGCCAGCCCAGCGAUGGAGAUCAAGGAGCUUCUCCCUCUCCAGCUGCCGCAGCCCGGCCAGCAUUCGAAGCGCCCGCUCAGAGUCCCAGCUCCUCACCAGCCGAUCUCCAAAAGGCGGAAGCGGACCCUCUCUGUUCCAGAAACCAGCACGAGAUGGGUUCCUGCUGCAACAGCGCCUCCGCGCUUGGGACAUGGCAAAUGGGGCAAAGCGAGCACGGAUUCUAGCCACCUUCAACGAACGCUGUCAAGGAUACUCUGCCACGCAGCUGGAGCACGAGUUCUUUGGUUCGGCCAGCCUCUUCUUCGCUCGCGUUACAUCCUGGUUUCGUCUCACGUACAGCCAUCCCAAGAGUUGUGCGAGAUCGCAGCUGAGGGCUCUGGCUGCGUUCUUAACAGCCACUGGCGGCCACAAGUAUGUGCUGGAGUUUAUCGAAGUUGGAGGUCACCUUGUGUUGCUGGACAUGCUGCAGUCGCCAACACAAGCACACGCCCAUGCCCAAGUGCUGCGCUUGCUGCGCUGUAUCGUGGGCUCCGGGCCGCAUUUUCAGAACGUGAUCAAGAAGUCGCCAAGCAUUGGUGUCGUCAUCAACACUAUGUAUCGCACCAUCUCGCCCAGCGCUCUUGAAGAAGGCAAACGCCUCCUCGUGGAGAUGGGAUCAGUGGACCAAGACAUGAUGGACACGAUUCUGCGUCACCUCACGACCGAUCUUGUGGACGACGGGCCAGAGCUUCGACCUUGCUUCGUGUUUGCAAUCCGCUGCCUCCUGGACAGACCAAACGCCCCGCUCAUUGAGCAGUUUGACCCCUAUCUGGUCAUUCUGUCCAGCACCAACCUGGAGGUCCAAAGCGAAGGGCAAGAGCUCAUUCUCGUUCUCUUGAAGAAGCAUCCCUCCAUGCUGCCGCGGCUUGUCACGUCACUCGUUGAGAUGAUUGCUGCCCGCCAAACGACAACGCCAUCCGCACGCGCAACACCAGAACACAGAAGAGGAAGCAGUGGCACUAGCAGUCGUAGCACGCGAGUGAGCAAUAGCACGCCCGUUGGCGCUGCCAGUACAGACACUUCCUACACCAUGCAUGUCCUCGACUACACAGCGGCUGGAGCAACAAAGCUGCUGUCUACGCUGCUGAACAAAUACCCCGAGAUUAAAGGCGACGUUAUUCGAGCGAAAACACACUUGAUUGUGGCGCGGAACCUGGCAUGCAUGACACUUCAACUCGUCCGAACCGAAAGCGGCAAUCUGCUACGCCAGCUGUUUGUGGACAGUGGCAUUCAAACUGAGCUGACCCGGCUCAUUGGAGGCGAUCUCAUCUCCACCAUCCUCUUUGAACCCGACUUGAUUCGUCGUGGGUUCAGCAAGCGAGUGCGCCAGCGCCUCAAUGCAAUCCCCACGGAAUGAGGCGUGAAUGAGGCGUGCAUGUGCUGUGUGAGUGUGUGUGUUUUGAGAGAGUGUGUGGGUGCGUGUGUUUUGAGAGAGUGUGUGUGCUGUCUCUUUUGGAGUGCUUGCAGACAGACACCUGUGUGUCUUGGCUGUGUCAUGCAUGGUGUAGAGUGAUGGACAAGAAGACGUUUGUGUAUUUAUUGCUGUGGCAUUUAGAGCUUCGGGACCACACCUCGCCUUCAUCACUAGGAGUGUUGUUUUGUUAUGAUCACUGGGCGCUCCUGUUUCUUGUCUCUCUGGCGAUUUGUUGCUGCAGUGUUGUGUGGCGGUCGUGAUGGUGCUGUGCACGUGAUUCAGCAGAUCGCCCUGGCAAUCCCUACCUUGUUGUUGCACUGUCACGAUUAGCGCGCCCACUGCUGCCACUUGUGCAAAGCCUCGAACGUGCCCAUUGGACCGUCACGUUUUUCUCCUCUGUCACUACGUUCGAUGUUCGAGCUUUUUUGUUGCUUCUUGGUUUCAAUUAUCACUGAAUGCACGUACAUGACUGUGAGCCUGCUCUGUUCAUACCCGCUAUUGUGCACUGCUUGGCCGCAUGUUGAAGAAGCCAUGUUAGGGACUGACUUGUGUGUUAAGCAAGUACGCACGUUGUUUGCUACUGCUUGUUCGCACCAUACCGUGUUGUCACAUUGCAUCGUAUCAACACAACAUAAACGGAUUUCUCCUG